CGGAGUGCGGCGAUGUCGGCGGGUCUGGACAGGACUCCCCGGACCCUGCUGGUCUGCGAGAAGUCCAGCUUCGACCAUGACAAGUCGAGACUCCGCAGCCACGUUGCACAGCACUGCUUUAACUACAAGGUGUCCCUGUUAGUUCCUGAAUGUGAUGUUUUCCCCCCACAUCUGGAGAGGACUGUCAACAACUUCAGCAGGUUUUAUUUAGUCCACGGUUUACCUGUCUAUGCGUUACUGGAUAAAGACUUCCUGGAGACAGCUGUUUUUAAGGGCUCCAUCUAUGGUCUUUCUUAUAAGACCAGAAUAGACGAGGACAACACCUUUGCCCUUCUGCCCAGUGGGCGGCUGGUCCUGUCUCUGGAUAAAGACACAUAUGAAGUGUUGGGAGUGGAGGGGAAGCCGUCGCAGUACAGCUCCAGACGAGCGCUGAGAUACGUGGUGACUGUUGACCUGAAAGACGCGAGUUGGGCCCCUGGAGGGAAGCAAUACCAGCGGCUCCUGACGAGUCUGAAGGAGCGACUCCGUCUCCAGAGUGACUUCCUGUUGUCCCAGCAUCACACAGACGGAGGCGGUUCUCUGGAGGGCUUCCUGUCUGCUUAUGAGUGGACAGAACACAGACCUCAGAUCAGCCACUGUGUGCUGACAGACCUGCCCUGCCCCGACCUCGUCUCUUCUGACCUGCGGGGGGAGUCGCAGUCAUGUGACCCACACAGCUUCCUGGAGUGGCUGGGAGCCGUGGACGCAGGAGCCGGCUGUCACAAUGAGUCCAGCAGCUUCCUGUCGACCUAUGUUUGUCCAGAGCCCAACAGCGUGGCGAGUCGAGCCCUGCGUUGCUGCAUCAGUGGCCUGCUUCUUCCUGAAGACCUCUUCAGACUGCUGGAGCAGAUGAGGCGGUACUUUGACCAACCCAAGCUGACUUCCUGGCUGGCGAUGACGGUGCAUGGCAUGGCAGACAGUCCGGUGUCGUGGGGAACCACUGAGCACGGCUUCCUGAAGGGGGGAGAGAACUUCUACAGUCUGGUGGUUUUCCAAAACCAUGACUACUGGCUCUACAUGGGUACGGGGUCACAUGACAGCUGUCCUCCAUGAUGGUAGAAAACAUCAGGGAUUAAAGCUUUUCCAAACAGCUCUGGGCAUUCUUCCCUUUCAUCAGACAUGUGCUACUCCUGCUCCACAUCCUCCACAGCAGCUCAGGGUGCCCACCAGCCACCUUAGAUGUUCCACAUCCUCCACAGCAGCUCAGGGUGUCCACCAGCCAUCUUAGAUGUUCCACAUCCUCCACAGCAGCUCAGGGUGCCCACCAGCCACCUUAGAUGUUCCACAUCUUCCACAGCGGCUCAGGGUGUCCACCAGCCUCCUUAGAUGUUCCACAUCUUCCACAGCGGCUCAGGGUGUCCACCACCCACCUUAGAUGCUCCACAUCCUCCACAGCAGCUCAGGGUGCCCACCAGCCACCUUAGAUGUUCCACAUCCUCCACAGCAGCUCAGGGUGUCCACCAGCCAUCUUAGAUGUUCCACAUCCUCCACAGCAGCUCAGGGUGCCCACCAGCCACCUUAGAUGUUCCACAUCUUCCACAGCGGCUCAGGGUGUCCACCAGCCUCCUUAGAUGUUCCACAUCUUCCACAGCGGCUCAGGGUGUCCACCACCCACCUUAGAUGCUCCACAUCCUCCACAGCAGCUCAGGGUGCCCACCAGCCAUCUUAGAUGUUCCACAUCCUCCACAGCAGCUCAGGGUGUCCACCAGCCACCUUAGAUGCUUCACAUCCUCCACAGCAGCUCAGGGUGUCCACCAGCCACCUUAGAUGUUCCACAUCCUCCACAGCAGCUCAGGGUGUCCACCAGCCACCUUAGA